AGCCACCGCCCUUGCAAGCGGACGUAGAGCCGGGCCAUGGAGGCGUGGGGUGCGGCGGCGACCGCGGCGCUGUCCGUGUGGCUUGCCCUGGUGCUCGGCCUCAUCCUGCUGCCCUCGGUCAUCGGCGUGUCGCUGGGCAUCUCCGAGCUUUACAUGACCGUCCUGGUCAAGACCCUGGAGUGGGCUACGAGACGGAUUGAGAAAGGAGUUAAAAAACAGCAGGCACGGAUGUUAAAGGACUCUGCAUCUAAUGGGAUCAUACAACGAGUCGACACCACCAUGGAGAAGGAGAUCGCGAGCCUGCAUCGAGCAGACUUUGAACUCUCAGACAUCUUCUAUUUCUGCAGGAAGGGGUUUGAGGCCAUUGUGGAAGAUGAAGUCACCCAAAGGUUUUCUUCAGAGGAGCUGGUCUCCUGGAAUCUCCUCACAAGGACUAAUGUCAACUUCCAGUAUAUCAGCCUGCGGCUGACCAUAGUUUGGGUCAUUGGGGUCCUGGUGCGGUACUGCCUCCUAUUGCCUCUUCGUCUUACAUUGGCCACCAUUGGGAUUCACUCGAUGAUUGUGGGAACAACGUUGGUAGGCUGUCUGCCAAAUGGCAGCAUUAAAGACUGGCUGAGUGAACUAGUCCACCUAACGUGUUCCCGGAUCCUUGUCAGAGCUCUUUCUGGUACUAUUCAUUACCAUAACAAGGAAAACAAACCCCAGAAGGGUGGUAUCUGUGUUGCCAAUCACACAUCUCCAAUAGAUGUUAUCAUCCUGACCAAUGAUGGAUGCUAUGCAAUGGUUGGACAGGCUCAUGGUGGGCUAAUGGGAGUUAUUCAGAGAGCGACUGUAAAGGCCUGUCCCCAUGUCUGGUUUGAACGCUCAGAAGUGAAAGACCGCCAUCUAGUGAUGAAAAGACUGAAAGAACAUGUAGCAGAUAAAAACAAAUUGCCCAUCCUAAUCUUCCCAGAAGGCACCUGUAUAAAUAAUACUUCUGUAAUGAUGUUUAAGAAAGGGAGCUUUGAAAUAGGAGGAACAAUCUAUCCAGUUGCAAUCAAGUAUGACCCCCAGUUUGGCGACGCAUUCUGGAACAGCAGUAAAUACAAUGCAGUGAGCUACCUCUUGCGACUAAUGACCAGUUGGGCUAUUGUGUGCAAUGUGUGGUACCUGCCGCCGAUGGUCAGAGAGGAAGGAGAAGAUGCCGUCCAGUUUGCCAACAGAGUGAAAUCGGCCAUUGCCCUCCAAGGAGGAUUGACUGAACUUCCCUGGGAUGGAGGUUUGAAAAGGGCCAAAGUCAAAGAGACUUUCAAGGAGGAGCAGCAGAAAAACUACAGCAAGAUGAUAGUAGGAAAUGGAUCAUCUGGGAAUCUGUCUUCAGGAACUGAACCUGACUGAAUGCCAGCUCUUCCAACCAAGUUUCCCAAAACUAGCCCUGCAAGCAUGAUGGGGAUUCUUAUACUUUCUCUCCACGCGCCUUUCCCCCCCACCCCCGACCUUUUGUUGUUUUUGCAACGUGUGUAUGGUUAUCCUUUCAUGGAUGACAUGGAAUUUGCACAUGGGCCAGUGUCCUGACUUUUUCCCUGCUCUUUGCAAGCAUGACACUAUAUCAUUGAAUUGCAGCUGCUGGUAUUGUGGAGAUGAUAGGGAGUCAAGGAUGGGAGGGAAAGGAAACCUGCAGUUCAGAAAUAGUAAACAAAAAAUUGAAUAUCUAAUGAGGAAACAGAAGCACACAUUGUAAACCAUUGUAAUAGGACACUUGACUUUACUGGUGGUGUGAGUAACUCUUUUUUUCACUCCAAUUAUUCGGAAGCUUUAAACCUGACAGACUUGUUUCCUGAAUAGCUUAAGGCCUCCUGUCCUCUUCCCCUUUUUAUUACACUUGUCUGUGGUUUUGUUGCAGGAUCCUUGAAAAAAAAGAAUGGUUUUCAAAAUAGCCCCCAAGCCACAGUAUUCACCAUGUCCAUUAUUUUGCACCUUUUGUGUGUAUGGGGUAGAAUUGUUUGUAAAUGAUGGGUCGCAACCAGUGGGGAAAGUCCCGGCCAGCCAGAUCGUGCCUUUCAAACUGAAUGAAGAACAUGGGCAAUUCCAUAUCUAUAUAAGCCAACCUCUGAAAGCUGAUCUAAAGAAGGUAGUGGCAGAAAUGUUGGAAUUUCCUCUACACUGGUACUAGUUAAACUACUGUUUCUUCAAACUGGGAACUGCAAAAGAAAGAGAUGGAUGGUAGUGCAAUUACUGAAGAUUGAUACUACUGUAUUGUAGCAGAUGUGUUUUUAAGACUGGCAUUCUGCAAAAUUUAACUGCUAACAGGUUAAAAUCUAAGGAGAGCCUCUACAAAAAUGUAUUUCAUGCUGACCUGGCCUAGCAAAAUCUAUUUAAACUCUAAACAGAAUUCAUGUUGCCUACCAUGCAAGAAACAACAUGUUGGAAACCAAUUGUACUGCUGUUUUAUUGUAAACAGAAAUAAAUUCUAUAUU